AUGAACGCACAUCAGGGCCUACGAGUGGUCGAGUGUCCGGUCGAGGGUUGCGAUAAGACAUUCACCGGUAAGCCAUCGCGGUUCCCAAUCCCGUCGCUAUUGUCGUCACACAUCGCCGCCAAACACACCAAAGAGAGGGCCUAUAAGUGCGAAGAGUGCGGCAAACGGUUCACAACCGCUCAUUAUCUUCGGGUGCAUAAGAAGAUCCAUACGGAGGACAGUCGAAAGUACCGGUGCUCUUGGGUUGGCUGUGACUCCACUUUUCGCACAAAACAAAGACUUCUCGUUCACAUGCAAUCACAUGAACAGCUGCGACAAUACCCGUGCGAUGAAUGUGACCUACGAUUCAAUAACAGGGGAAGUCUAUAUAGACACAGGCAAAGGCACUCCGGCGCCCGACCCUAUGUGUGUGAUUGGCCCGCGUGUGGGGCCGCGUAUAAAGACCUAUCGAUGAUUAACCGCCACAAAGAGACACAUCUGGCAGUGAAACAGUAUGUCUGCGAUAUAGAGGGUUGUGGUAAAGGGUUUGUCACUAAAUCCUAUUUAUAUCAACACAAGAAUCAACACUCUUUGCCAUUUGUGUGCAGUUGGCCCGCAUGUGACCGACGCUACGGCGCCAAAGACAAGCUCACAGAUCACAUGAACUCACAUCAGGGCCUACGAGUGGUCGAGUGUCCGGUCGAGGGUUGCGAUAAGACAUUCACAUCCAAACCCUGUGCGCGACAACACUUAAGACAAGUCCACAAAUAUAAGACUACUGAAGGACUCAUUCCUAUCAAUAAAUAA